AUGAGCAAGAGGCGGAAGAGGAGCAACCUCGCCGGCCGGCGUCCCCUGCCCCAACGCCGCCGUGAAAACGAAUGCGCCCGCGUCGACCUACCGGAGCUCUCCCGACACCACCUCGAGACCACCACCGAGGGCCUCUUGCUCCUGCGUGACAAGGCGAACCACGCCGUGCGGCUCCUCAACCCGCUCACCAAGGCCCUCACCGACCUCCCGCCCGUCACCGAGGACCUUGGCGGCGCGUACACGGUCUGGUCAGGGCCGUUCCAGUCCGCGGCGCGCAUCAUCUACGCCGGCGUCUCUGACGAGACCUCCCCAUCGUCAGUCGUGCUCCUGAUGGCUGACCGUCACCUUGGGCGUGCCAUAGCCUACGCCAAUCCUGUUGACCAGCGUUGGGCGGUGGUGGAUGACGAGAUGUGGAGGCCCGGCAUCCCCAUGUCAUGUCGAUUCUCGUCGGCCUCAACCAUGCAGGGGCGCGUCUACUUUGUGACUGUCGAGGGGUACAUAAUACAGGUGAGGCUCUGCCCAGAGCCUCGUGUGGUGCCCGUGGUUGUGGACCAGCCCAACACCAAAUACAACAUGUUCUGCUACCUCGUCCCUCCCGAUGACGACCACCGCCGCGGUGGUGGCAUGCUCAUGGUGCGCUACUACCUCAACCUCUAUCACCUCAGCGAUGAAGAGCGGAGAAUCAUGACGCGCAGGAGGAAGGCCAGGGACGUCAUCAGGGUGGAGCACCUUGUGAAGGAGCACCGGUGGAACCUAAUUCAGGUGUUUGAGGUGGAUGUGGCCGGAAAGAGGCUUGUUCCGGUGGAGGACAUUGGCCGGCACCGCGCCGUGUUUGUCGGGGACGUGGCCUGCUUCUCCCUCUCUGCCAAGAGGUUUCCAUGCGUGGCAGGGAACGCGAUACACAUGGGGGCGCUUGGGGCUCGUUGCCCUCCCGUCGGCGUGCGGUAUCUGGCGAACAAGACUGCCGAUCCGUCGUUUGUGUUCGCCACCGACGUGCCAGGGCUUCUAGAUGAUAUAUCAGUGAAACGGUACCGCCAGAGGAUACCGGAGCUGAAUCUACUGCCUCUUGCUCGCCCUUGUACACUCCAAGAGUACCUUGUCUGUUGCGCUGGCGUCCUUGGCGGCCUCAAAGACUAA